AUGUUCGUGGUAUCGCGCCCCGACGAUCUGCUGGUUCCGAGGCACAUUGGCUGUCGAACGCGAAUGAUGCACUUCGAUUCGAAAGACAGGUUUCCCGCGGUGAACCACCAAUCUUCGCUGGCACAGGAAGUUUUCGUUUGGAUGAAGAAGCAGCUUCGCGCCGAGUACGCGAUGACCCAGCGGGCUGUGACUGAGCACGAGCAGGGGGUGCUUAGCCUCAUCGACAUGCGUCUGGACAUGAUUCAGAGUUUCGAUCAUCUGACGACGACGGCCCUUACGGGCUCCAGUGAACCCGGCGCGGCAGCUCGUGUCGGGCAUGGGGUGCGCCGGAUUUUGUCGAACUGGAACAAUUUCAUCCUGCAGCCUCGACAGGGUGACCUUGUGAUGCUCGGGAGAACGAGCCCUGGCCCGGGUAUGCUUCCGUCGUUCAUGAUCAAGCUGUUUUGGACAAAGAUGCACGAGGUGGAGAAGGAGGUAGAAGUGGGAGGGGGUGCCGAACACGAGGGAGGAGGCGAGGGGAAGGCACGCGUCCUGCUUGAGUACAGCUACGAGGAGGAGGAGGAGAUCGAGGAGGGUACAUCGAGGCAAGGUCAGCACGGGGUGAGCGGCCCGGGCGGUAAUGUGAAUGAGCAGGAGGGCUCGAGCUCCGGCUCGGACUCGAGCGAUGAGUCGGUCGAGCACGACGGCGAGGGCGCAGGAGAACAUCCAGGUGGGACGGAGCGUACGGAGGAGCACCGUGUGGCGCUCGGAGAGCGGGUGGACGAGCGGGUGAAGCGUAUCGAGCAGCAGGCGAUGGGUGACGUUGAUGUUGUCGAGGAGCAGGAGGCCGGAGCGGCUGCGCAGGAGGGUGGGGCAGGAGUGCUGCUGCAUGAAAGAGGGGCGGCUGUGCAGGAUUUUGGGACAGGAGUGCAGCAGCAGGAGGGCGGGACGGCUGCGCAAGAAGGCCAAUCGACGUCGGCCAUUCCAUCUGGUGGUCAGGUCGUCGAGCUACUGCAGAGGGUCGCGGAGGUUGAGGCGUCGCAGAAGAAGCUCGUCGCCGAUGUAUUUGCGAAGCACAGUGAGCAAGCCGCUGUUUUCAACAAGCUUGCUGCGGAUUUUCGGACGGCCUGGAAUAUGAUUUCGGAGUCGUCGAACAGGACGCUUAAGCAUUGCGGCGACGCCGUAAACGGUGUCACGGAGGAAAGGAAGCUGUUGGAAGGGGCGCGCACGAAGCUCGAAAAGAUGAGCGGGAAAAUCAUCGAGGGAGUGGCAGCCGCUAUCACGAAGGCGAGCGAGGACGCCGUCGAGAAGCAGUUCCAGCUUAUCGAGGAGCGGCUGGUUGCUUUGGUCGUGAAGGGUAUCGAGAAAGCCGUCAAGGACGACUUGUUCUACUCCACCCUCCCGCCCGAGAGCAUGAAGGACCUGAAGGACGUUGUGAGAGAAGGCUACCAAGAAGCUGAAGCUGGCAGAUUGGAAGUCCUCACCGAAGCGAUAGCGAGAGGGUUUCAGCGCUCGGCAGGCCCGUCGACGAGGUCGCGUCAGGAGGAGGGGGUGGCUGGUGUUCGCAGCGGGGUGGAGCGUCGAUCGACCGUUGGCAAGACCGUCGAGGGCAACGAGGUCAUCGUACUCGACCAGUCGCCCCAUCCGAAGAUCUCCGAAGCGGCACCGAAGCCUCCGACUGAUGCUUAUGCUUCGCUGCGGGACAUGUUGCAUGGCCUCGGGAAUAAGGAAGGGAAAGGCGUGGUUACGGGGGAGAAUAGUGGUGCUCCAAUCGAGUCGGUCGCCAACGCUGGGAAAAGUGGCAGGGGAAAGCGGGUUGCGCCUACCCCGUCCGGCGGCAAUGCGGCGAAAGGAGCGGGGGAGACAUCGGGUCCUGCUGGGUUGCUGUCGAAGACAAAAGCGGCAUCAGCUGCGCAGAGCGGUGGUGCUGGUCGUGCUCAAACGCUUGUGGGAAAUUGGGCGUCGUCCUCUACCCCUCCUGUAGCUCCCGUCGCCGCUGCUCGGGCCUUAGGCGACGUCUGCCUUAGCGAACCGGGUUCCCCUUUUGCGUCGAACAAGAGGCAGGCCAUGACGAAGGCGAGAGAGAGCAGUCACGUGGUGGAGCUGCCCAGCCGCACUGGUCAAGCUCCUGUCGAGAAGCCGUCUACCGUCGUUGCUGCUCGACAGGAAAAGGCGAAGAAGGCCAAGGUGAUCGGCUACACCCCACCUCCUCGGCCGGACGACCAAGGCAAGACGAGAGGCUGCAAAGCUCCCUUCAGAGGACCGGUCCCGAAGGGCAUGGCGGCGACACCGCACAUGAUGGCCAUCGCCGCAACUGUGGCGAGCUUGUGGGCGGCUUGCAGGAAGCUGUCGAGGGAAGAUAUUCAGGCGAAUGCUCUAGCUGCCGCAAACGCAGCGCACUACGCCACGGAAAUGGCGACAAAGGCUAGUGCGGCUGCCAUGGCGGCGCUCGUGUCCGUAGUUCUGCACGUCGGCCGGACGUUCCCAGCCAAGCAGUGGCCCGAUCAGCUGUAUUCGUCGGCGAUCGAAGGUCUCGGCUCGACGGACGCCACAGUGUUGCAGAUGCUGCGCGUGGCAGCACAGGUCUGUACGCAAUGGUGCUACUGUCGAGCUGCUGCCCGCCUGCUGGAGGACGCGGGCUAUGGCAGCCUGGCUAUGCCAGAAGAAAAGAGCAAGGCGAAGCUGGGCGACGAAGAUGCUACGGAGAUGGAAAUGGGCGGGCAAGGGGAGUAG